CCCCGACUCCGCCCCGGCCGGGUUGGGCAGGGCAAGGCUGGCUUGGGCGGUGGGUCCGCCUCGGCUGGCCCCGGAGGAAGAGGAGGAGGGGGCGGCGUGGCCCGAUGGGGGAGCCGCGGCCGCCUCCGGGGGCCCCGGUGCUGUUCUUGGUGCUGAGCCUGGCGGGCAGCGGCGGUGGGCAGGAGAACAAGGCCGUCUUCGUGGAUGAGAAGAGCUUUCCUGCUCAGGAGCUUCCUGGCGACAGUGGUUCCAAAGGGAACACUGGGGCAGCCUUGGGAGAAUCGAAGGACCAUCGUUUUCAAGAUUGGCUGACCAGGCUGAAGCUUCUCACCCAGAUUCCCAGGGCCUCCACCUUCCCCACGGCCAAAGUUGAAGUGGCCUUUGAGACCCCUGGGUUGGAGACCACCCUCCAUCGUUGGUGGCUGCAGGAGAGGACGGGCAGAGAUGCGUGCCCAGCACAGCAGUUGCUCCAGAAGCUGCUCCACCCCUGGGAGAGGCUGCCAUUGGCCCAGCAAUUACGGGCAUAUGCCAGGCGACGGCGGGCGGCUUUCCUCCCUCACCCUGCCCUGCGUGGCACCCACGGACAGGCGACAAAGGAGGACCAAAGCCGCUUGGCCGUAGCUCGGCCCACCUUCAGGGAGGAGGAGGAGGACGCUUGGAAGCCCGCUGACACGGCCCGAAGGACCCUCCCGAAUCACCCCGGCGGUGCCAGCCUGGUGCCCGGACAUCACCAUGCCACCAAGCGAGGAAUGCAGCCACCUCUGCCCAGCGUAGCCACGGAGGUCGAGGCAGCCCACAAGGCCGGUGGGUGCCGGUGCCCGGAGAGCCAGCGUGCUCCGGUGGCCGCCCAAGAAACGGAGGCUCUGCAGGGGGCUCUCCGUGUGCCCACUCCCCGCACGGAGGAAGCCGCCUGGGCUGCCAGCGCCCUCACUUUCUUGCUGGUGCUCCUGACCCUGGCCGUGCUUUACACCCGGAUGCACCGGAAAUGCCGACGCGGGCCGAGUCUCUACUGGAUGACCAGCAGCGAGGAGGGGCGCGAGACGGUGGCCGGUAAGCCCAGGCUGUGGCACCCA